AUGAAGGCCAGUUUGGAGUACACGUCUUUGGAUGAUAUCGACAACAUUGUUCAGGAUAGUAAGAGAAGUUCGGAGGAGAGACAAAGGAGGUUGGCCCAUGCGGAGAAUCCUCGGGCCGAAGAUCUGGCAUUAAGACUCAAAGAGCUAAGGAGUCUGUAUUUCGGCCUUAAGGAUCACGAAGAAGAGAUCAUAGAUGCUUUACACCAGGAUUUACACCGCAGCCGGCAUGAGAGCUUAGGUCUUGAGUUGAUUCCGCUGUAUAACAAUAUUCUCGCGCUCAUUGAGAACUUGCCCCGUUACAUUGAACCGGAAAAAGUCCAAGAAUCAAGUUUGCUAUUCAAACUGAGUUCGGUGAAGGUGGAGCGGAUUGCGUUGGGGUCAGUGCUGGUUAUUUCUCCGUUCAACUAUCCGGUCUUGCUGGGAAUUGACCCCGUUGCAGCUGCGAUUGGAGCCGGGAACUCUGUUGUUUGGAAGCCUAGUGAGCUAGCUCCAGCGACUGCAGUUGUAAUGGAGAGAAUUAUUGUCUCCUCAGUAAAUCCCUCGUGGAUCAAGGUAGUUCAAGGCGAAAUUCCUGAGACCACACGUCUGAUUGAAAACCCUAACUUUGACAAAAUCUUCUAUACAGGCUCCACGAAAGUAGGACGCAUUGUUUCCCAGGCAGCAGCCAAGAAUUUAAUCCCCGUCAUCCUUGAGCUAGGUGGCAAAUCACCGGUUUUCAUCACGGAGAAUCUUACAUCAGCAGAUCUAAAAAGAGCGCUGAAGAGAACCUUCUUUGGUGCAUUCAACAACAGUGGACAAACUUGUGUAGCCUCGGAUUACGUUCUGAUCCAUGAGUCCCAACUUGAAAAAGCUCGUGAGCUGACGUCUGAAAUAUUGGAUGACUAUUGGCCUGAUUUUAACCAAGAUACGGAGUUUUCCUCAAUGAUUAACGACCAAGCAUACAAGAAAGCGAUCGAGAGGCUCGAGAACACCAAGGGAACCAUUUUUCAACCUUCGAAAGUUGCCGGUGAAUUGGCAAAGAGAUGUAUCCCACCCUCCGUUAUUUUCAACGUUACGUGGGAUGAUUCUUUGAUGGAGGAAGAGAACUUCUCGCCUGUUUUGCCUUUUAUUGUAUACCAUGAUAUUGAUAAUGUGAUGGAACAAGUGGUGACACGGCACCCAGACCCUUUGGCUCUUUACAUUUUUUCACAGAACCAGCGUGAGAUAAACAAAAUCAUGAAUUCGAUCAAAUCUGGCGGUUGCGCGAUUAACGAUACGAUCAUUCAUGUCGGAACUAUGAAUGCUCCAUUUGGUGGUAUCGGUCAAUCUGGGCAAGGAAGUUACCACGGUAAAUGGAGCUAUCAGGCUUUUACGCACGAACGAACCGUACUCCAACAGCGCCUGUGGAUGGAAUUUCUUGAUGACACGAGAAACCCCCCAUAUAACUCCAAUAAGCUAGCCAUUUUACGCACUGUACUGGAAAAUGAUCCAGGCUUUAAUAGAAGUGGGUCAACAGUUUGGUUCCCUGGAAAACUUGUUGUUGUUCUGGCGGUUUUAGUGGCUUUGGUAGCUGUAACAUUGCGAUUAAAACUUGUGAACUUUUGA